UGUGUCAAUUAUAUUUAUUGUAUGCAUUUAUCGUGGAACAAAUGUGUAUCGACGUCCUCCUAUCGAUCACUACGAGAUGCACGCUACCAUCAGAGAAAAAUAUACAUAUGAGAGACUAAAAAGAGUGAGUUCACAAUCUACUCUAAACACAUGAACUAAUUGUUAUGUACGCGAGAGAGAGAGAGAGAGAGAGAGAGAGGGAGAGGGAGAGGAAUAACCGAACAAGCUUAUACAUCAAUACAAUAGAUGCAUGAUGGGAACAGCAUUCUUUGCUUCUCUUAUUCUUCGUAGUUCGUAUUUUGUCCAUACCUGUCGCUAAAGUCACACACGUUUUGAACAACAGGUAGAAAUAACCUUGGCGUAUAUAUAUAAAUAUACGUAUGUAUCAUAAGUAGCAGGAUUCGGUUAAAAAAGACAUAUGAGGUGUAUACAUACAUAUAUUCAUAUGUACAUAUUAAAUAAAUUUUUAAAUAACGUUAUAAAUAAUCAUUAACCUAAUUAAAAUUUGUUAUAAAAAUGAUAUCACAUUAUAACAUAGACCCAUUUCGUGUUAAUCCAUCGUAUACAAAACAAACAGAAUUAAUUUUACGUAAUGUAGGGGCUGGUAGUUUAUUAAAGGAAUGUCAAAAACGAAAUAUAUCGAGUAAUGAGCUGCAUAUGCUAACUAAACAAGAUUUUAUACAUUUAGGUGCUGAUGAAAAUCUGGCAGAAAAAUUGUUAAAUCGACUAAAAAUUGCAUCAAAAAAUAAUCUCCACAUAAAAUUAGUGAUGCAAAACAAAUUUGAAGAUGUCAUUAAAAUGAUUGAAAAUAAUAACAAACAAUUGAAUUUUAUUGAUAUGUAUAUUAAUUACAUUCGAUUAAAACUUAUGAAGACAAAAAAGAAUUUUUACAUUGAAGUAGAUGAACUACUAACUGUUGCUUCAGUUUUAUACAUAGGUGUAACGGAAACUCUUCUUGAAGUAGAUGAUAUGGAGAAAGCUAUAAAAGAAUUAUACGCUUUAGUUCCAAAAGAUGAUAAACCGAAGAAGACAAAACGUUUCAUAUAUUUCUCUGCAUUGUUUACUGGAUUAGGUUUAGUAAUAUGUUUGGCAUUACGUAUACGAAAAGUCUGAACUUUCACCUAUAUAUAUAUAUAUAUAUACAUAUAUAAAAUUCUUUUUUAUAUAGAAACAUUUUUUUAUCAAUAUUUUAUUAUUAUAUGAUAGGAAUGAUAUAUGAUAAGAAAAUAAAAAUUAAUCUAAUUUUCUUUUAUUUACUUAAACCUUCAAGUUUUAGUUUGAAAAUGUCAUAUAAGUUGAACAAAUAAAUAAAUGAAAGAAAAUUUUUAAUAAAGUACUUUUAUAAAUC